GAAGCGUUCCUCAGGUCAAAGUGGUAGAUCUACCCGAUCGAUCGGUUAAGUGUUCUAAUAAAAUAAUUUUAUGGCUGGUAGAGGCACCUUCGGAAAUCCCGAACAUAAAGAACCGUAAUAAUGGGCAAUAAAAGACUUCAAAAAUUAGUGCAUGUUAUUAUAAUUAUGUUGUACUCUAUAGAAAUAAGAAGUUCUAUACAGAAAGAAGCGUUCCUCAGGUCAAAAUGGUAGAUCUACACGGUCGGUCGGCUAAGUGUUAAAAGAUAAAUAUGAUGAAGCUAUAAAAAACUUAAGAGAUAUCAAGUAACUGACACAAAUUAAAUUAAAAAAUUAAUUAGAUACUACACACAGAGAAUUGGUACUUGCAAACUAUAAUUAAAGCUACACAAACAUCUACAAGCCAAGUAGAAUCUAUUAAAUACCAAAUUCAAAUGCAAAAAAUUCGAUUUAAUACAUUACAAACAACAGUAUCGCACGUUGAGAGUAAGCUUCAUGAAAAAGGAGGAAUUAGAAGCUGACAAAGCAAAAAGUUUCAUUGGUUUGUAAAUAUCACGAUCUUGAUGAACUCGUGUUAUUGCAAUUUAGACAACUAAAAGACUUACAAGAUAAAAGAAGUUUAUAUGUUCAUCAAGGAGUUGCUUAUAAGGAUUAUACAAAACAAUUGAAGGAAACAAGUCCUUCUUGCCCUUUAUGUCACAGAGGUUUUGAAGAACACCAAGCUGUUGAGAAUUUGUUAAGGAAAAUGGAAAACGAAAUGGAAAGUCACCCAAACCGUUUAAAGAAAUGUGAAACAGAAUUGGAAAUACAGCAAGAAAAAUAUGAUAAGAUGUUGCAGCUGAAACCAGUGAUCGAAAAAAUAGUACACUUUGAAGAAAAUGAGCUGGAAAAUUUAAUGAAUAAUUUAGGAAAGUCUAAAUCUGAACUAGCAAAAUUACAGACGUCUAUAACGGAAUUAAAAAACGAGAAAUCUGAUCCCGAAAAGAGAUUAACGUUGACCCAAAAUAUCAUGAGUGAUAUUGUGUUAUGGGAUAGAUGCAUUGAUGACAUAACAAAACAUAAACAGACGAUUGAAGUUUAAUAUACAAAUUACAACAAAUAUUUUUUUACAUCUAGGUAUUAAAUCAGAGCGUAGCAUUGAAGAAGCUCAAAGAGAAAGGGAUGAGUUGAAAACGCUAUUGAAAACCAUUCGUCGUGAUAUCGAAAAUUUGCAGUCCUCGAUAAAUACACAGAAUGAAAAACUGUAUAACGCUCGGGAGGAAUUAAACGCAUUACAUGAAGAACAAUUAAAAAUACGUGCAGGUGUGCAAGAAGUAAAACAGUUACAAGAGAAACUGGAAACACUAUACUCGAAGGAGGUUUUGUUGGGGAAAUUGGUGGAUGAUUUGAAGCAAAAAUGUACAGUAGCCGAAGGCAAUCUAACUUUAGGAAUCGAAAAAUUAGAGAAGAAGAAGAAAGAAAAUUGGAAGAAACAGGAAAUGGAUAGAAAAAUAUUAGCUGAAGGGUUUAGACGUUUAUCCGAUUUAGAAAAAAUACAAGAUGAUGUCGAUGCAUUUGUGUACCGUAAAAUUCCUGAAGCUUUAGAACAUUCCGAAAAUAAGAUCAAACGUUAUGAAAUCUCAAUUAAGAAUUUUCGAUCUGAGAAAAGCAAAUCUGAAGCAGAUAUAAACAAACUGAAAGAACAAAUCACUCUUCACGAAGUUCUAAAAAGAAAUUUAUCUGAUAAUGUACAGUUACGGAGAGAGAGGGAGAAAUCUAAAACUUUACAACAAGAAUAUUCAGAUUUAAGAAAUGAGUUGAUGUCUAUAAAUUAUACUCAAAUUAUGGAAGAGUUGCAGAACAUGUGCGAGCGAGAAGAAGUCCUCCUGAGACAGAGAAACAUCUCAAUAGGUAACCAAGAGGAAUUAGAACUAGUCGUAGAGCAGGGUACAACAGAAUUGAAGCAGGACCUGUACAAACUAGCACAUAAAAGAUAUAAGAGAAAAUGUAUAGAGAUAACGACUGUAAAACAAACGAUAUCAACUUUGAAAGUGUACAGUCAAACACUGGACAGAGCUGUCCUAAAAUUUCACGAAGACCGUAUGGCAUCGGUCAACAGAAUUAUGAAGAGGCUUUGGAAACUUGUAUAUACUGGUUCCGAUACUACGUCUAUAGAAAUUCGUACGGACGCUACCAAAUCUGUAGGUGGUGCAAAAAGAUCAUACACCUAUAAAUUGAUUCAAACAAAACAUGGUCAUGAAAUUGACAUGAGGGGUCGCUGCAGUGCUGGACAAAGAGUUCUAGCCUCUAUAAUUAUAAGACUUGCCUUAGCGGAGACUUUCUGCAAAGAUUGCGGAAUUCUUGCCUUGGACGAACCAACAACAAAUUUAGAUCAAGAAAAUGCAGACAGUUUAGCAGAUGCAUUAGCCACUGUUGUCAAAUUACGAUCCCAAUAUUAGAAGAAUUUUCAACUGGUUGUAAUUAGUCAUGAUGAAAGGUUUUUGUUCAAAUUAGCUGAAUUAAGUGAAAAUAGAGGCUU